AGUUAUUAAGGCCAAUAUUGAAAAUCAAGCAAAGGCAGCCUCUUAUCAUCAUCAUCCAAAGGCCAAAGCAAACCUUUGGUGAUCACUUUAACUCGUGUCGGGCUCACGAGACGCAGAGACAAAGCUCACAAGACUCACAAGAAGCUGAGAAAAAAGAAGGAAGGAAGAAUGGAGAGUAGUAAUUCAAAGAAGAAAAGCGUAGAACACGGACAGGUUAUGGACGGUUCGGAUAUAAUGGAGUUGGUUGGGAACGAGGAGGUGUUUAGCAACUUCGUGGACCAUAAGUUCCAGGAGCUGGACAGGGAUAGAGAUGGCAAGCUCUCUGUGAAGGAACUUAAGCCUGCUGUUGCUGAUAUUGGUGCUGCUUUGGGUUUGCCUGCUCAGGGCUCUUCUGCUGAUUCCGAUCACAUUUAUUCUGAGGUCUUGAAUGAAUUCACACAUGGCAAACAAGAAACAGUGAGCAAGACCGAGUUCAAAGAGGUUCUUUCGGACAUUCUGUUAGGCAUGGCUGCCGGAUUGAAGCGAGAUCCUGUUGUGAUUCUCCGGAUUGAUGGGGAAGAUCUGCUUGAAUUCAUCAUGGGACCAAGUUUUGAAGCAGAGAUGGUGUCGCUAUUUUCGCAGAUAGACUCGAAUGAUGGAUCAUCCGUCCGUGACCAUAUAAUCAAGGCUUUGGAAAAACUUAGUGUGGAUCAAGGGAUGCCCCCUUCUUCGGAUUCUUGGGUUAUGGAAAACAUUGUGCAGCCAGCAUUGCAAUCCUGUGCUGGCCAUGAUUUGGACAAGCCAGUCUCCCAAGAAACAUUCUUGGUGGAGUUUAAGAAAGUAGCUGAGUUUGUGGCUCAACAUCUCAAAGAGCAGCCUGUGAUUGUUGCCCAUAGUGAAAAUACCUUUGAUGGAAGUGGCGUUAAGAGAUUAUUAUCCAACAAGUUUGAAUUAGACAAGCUAUUGAAUGCAGCUCUAGAGACUGUGCCAAAGGAUCGUACAGGAAAAUUGCCUAAGGAGUAUCUGCGAGUGGCUCUGGAUGUUGUUGCCCCAUCGGCUGGUCUACCUCCAAUUGGUGCAGUUGAAGAGAUGGACAAGGUGGUUGGCGAUGUGUUUAAGAUGAUGGAUGCGGAUGCGGGGAAGAUGGUUAAAGAAGAUGAGUUCAAGAAAGUAUUGACUGAAAUCCUGGGGAGCAUCAUGUUGCAACUAGAGGGCAACCCCAUUUCAGUUUCUACAAAUUCAGUGGUGCACGAGCCCCUUGCCUCUGCUUCUACACUUUUGCAGCCAUCUUCCUAGCUGUCUAAAUAAAUAUAUCAAGGGUCAAAAAAAUAACAAUAGAAUUUUGUUAGGGUAUGAUUAGUAGCAUAAUUAAGUUGUGUAUCGUGCCGUUUAAUGGAGUCUUUAAGUUGUGUAAUGAUUACUAGUUGUCAAUGGAUAUCCAUCCCUACUUUCAUUGUGCUAA